GAAUCUAUUCCUUAUAAAGGGCUUUUCAUACUAAUCUUACAGCCACAUCCCAGUGAAUUCAGCCAGGCCUUUUUGUAAAGACUGGGCUGAAUCCAUGUAAACUUAGAACGGAUUAGCAGGGUUCAGAAAUUGUGGAAACAUUCUUCUUCAAAAUUGUUGAAGUCAUAUCCUUUGAGAGAGAGAGAGGGAGAUAAAUAUAAACCUUGAGGUCUAGAUCUCCUCGAUCACAUGGGCUGAAUAGCAUACUCUGGUCCUGGUAGGCUGCUGGUAGGACGCAAGCAGGAGAUUAGGAGGGAGGUGCAGACCAAGAUGACAGAUAGAAAGUUUAAACGCGGCGCAACCGUCUGCACUUGUAUUUUCGUCUUUCUCCUCCUAGCCGGUGUUACAGCUCUUAUAGUAUGGCUUGUAUAUCGUUCCCAUAAGCCUCAAUUCACGGUCCUGGGCGCUGCUAUCUACGAUCUUAACACGACAGCAUCCCCGAUGUUGAUGUCGACCACCAUGCAGUUCACAGUCGUGACUCGGAACCCCAACAAGCGAACUUCCAUAUAUUAUGACCGGCUAUCGGCUUAUAUUUCAUACAGGAAUCAGGCAAUCACGCCCCCGACAAUUCUGCCACCGCUGUUCCACGAGAGACAUAGCACGGUGACGUUGUCGCCGAUGCUGGGAGGGGCGAUGGUGCCAGUAUCGAUGGAUGUGGUUAAUGGAUUGGUGAUGGAUGAGGCGUGUGGGGUAGUACCCUUGAGGUUGGUAUUGUUGGGAAGGUUGAAAUGGAAAGCUGGAGUGUUUACAAGUGUGCAUUAUGGGGUAUACAUCAAAUGUGAUAUGUUUGUGGGUUUGAAGAAGGGUUUUGUGGGUCAGGUGCCUCUGCUUGGGUCUCCGGAUUGUAGCGUCGAUAUUUAAGUUUUUAAUGAUCUUUCUCUUCUUCGUUACUUUUCUUUCUGCAUGCAAUUGGUAUUAUGUAGUAGUAUAUAUGAAGGUAAAAUGGUUCCCCCUGUC